CAGCGACACCGGCCUAUCCUCUCGUCUUCCGGCGCGGCAUCACCACCUCCUCCUCCCGGCGCGCGCACGACGCGAUGCCUGCAUCCUCUCUCCCGCUCCUCCUCCCCUUCUCUUCCCCAAUCCAGACCCUAAACCCUCUCCCCGCCUCCGCCUCCUGCUUCCACGCGCCUAGCAAGCCCCUCGCCCUGUCCCUGUGCCCGCGGCCGCUCGUCUCCUCUUCCUCCUCGUUCGCGGUCGCCGCCGUCGACGACGAUGACUACGACGAGGAUGUCGCCCUUGGAGACUGCCUCGUGUUCGAGGACGAAGCCUUCGAGGACCCCGGCCUCGACCUCGGCCGCCCGUCGCCUUCGCCGCCGCACCGACCGACCACCUCUCGCCGCAGCAGGGGCAAGCCAAUUUCCGCGGCGGCCGGUGGCGGGGGUGGCCUGGUGCCGGAGAGGUGGAAGGACGCCGUGGAGGAGAUCAACCUGACGAAGAAGGAGAAGCGCCGCAUCGCGCACGGGCUGCGCUUCGGGAGCCGCCUCGACCGGCGGGUGCCCUCCGCUGUGGCCGCCCCCGACGAGUACCGCGCGUACCGCGAGGGGCGGCUGGACGCCGAGCUUGGGCACGUCGUGCGAGACUACGUGGAGCCGCUCGAGGACAAGUCCCGCGCGUACCGUGAGCGCGAGGCGAGGCUGGGCGCGGAGCCUGGGCACGUCGCUCGUGACUAUGUGGAGCCGCUCGAGAAGUCCCGCGCGCCGGAGAUGAUUGAGGCUCCGCCGCCUCCCGAACCUGGGACACGCGCGGCGCCAAGGAACCCGAGGAUGGGGUUGGAUGUCGGCGGUCUUGAGGACAUUGCGGAGCUGUUUAGCAGCAAGGAGUAUGCGCCAAGUGAGAUGGAGGAUGGCAAGAAACGUCGCCCGAAGCUGUUCACGGAUGAGGAAAAGGCUCUUCUGAACAAGAGAAUACCUGAUCUGGAAUCUGCUACUUCUAGUAAAUGGCUGCCACUUCACACCCUGGCUGCAUCAGGAGACUUCUAUCUAUUGGACAAUCUUCUGAAACAUAAAGUGGAUGUAAAUGCGCUUGAUAAGGAUGGUUUGCCGGCAAUUCAUAAAGCAAUUAUUUCCAAGAAGCAUGCUAUUAUCAACUACCUCUUAAGGAAUUCAGCAAAUCCAUUCAUUUAUGAUAAGGAUGGUGCAACGCUGAUGCAUUAUGCUGUCCAAACAGCUUGUCAUCAGACUAUAAAGACUCUCUUGCUAUACAAUGUUGACAUCAAUCGGCCAGAUGAUUAUGGCUGGACACCGUUGCAUCUAGCUGUGCAAACACAGAGAACUGAUAUUGUGAGGCUACUUUUAAUAAAGGGUGCUGAUAGAAGUUCAAAAACUCAAGAUGGGUUGACUCCUUUGGAGUUGUGUCUCCGGUUGGGUCAUCAUGUGAGGACAUAUGAGCUUAUCAAAUUACUCAAAAGCUUUCGGCUACAAAAGCAACAUGACUCAUUUUAACUCCUGGAGGUGUUUGACCGGUCAAAGUCACUGAAGUUUAUUUCUAGAUUUGGACCAGCCGGGCUGCAACUUCCUGCAGUGCAUGGUACAAUUGCUUCUAGUUCCAUGGAGAAUGCCAUUGCUGCUUGAGUAAAAUGAAUUAACUGGGUGGUCUAUCCCUGAAUAUUGGAAGGCAAAUCUUACAUAAGGAGAAGUUCACUGUAAAAAUAUUUAGAGGUGAGCCACUCUAGAUAGUCCAGUCAACGAUGCCAAAUAAUUUAGAUAUGGUUUGCGUAUGUAUGAGUUUAGAAGGACAGUAUCUUCUUUUCCUGGCCCAUUGAAAUAUUGUUGGGUCAUGAUCCUAGCAUCAUCUAAUACACAUAUUCAUCAAGAAUCUGUUAUUUUCGAUCCUCUUCUCCUUUA